CUAUGAAGAUGCUCAGAUAUUUGGAUGAGGAUGCCAGCACUUCGAGCAGCGCCACGCCUACUCGAGGUAAUGCUACCAGCUGACAGAUCGCAAGAACAGGCGUCCAUCCUCAUCAUGUGGGCGCGGGUUCUAGUGGGACGGCGUCACUUUUGUUGUAGUACUGUUGUAGUACUGUUGUAGUACUGUUGUAGUAUUGUCGUAGUACUGUUGUAGUACUGUUGUAGUACUGUUGUAGUACUGUUGUAGUACUGUUGUAGAACUGUUGUAGAACUGUUGUAGUACUGUUGUAGAACUCUUGUAGAACUGUUGUAGCACUGUUGUAGCACUGUUGUGGCACUGUUGUAGCACUGUUGUAGCACUGUUGUAGCACUGUUGUGGCACUGUUGUAGCACUGUUGUAGCACUGUUGUAGCGCUAUUACAUCGCCGCUGCGUCACUAUUUAGAUCACCCGACACACUGAUGACCGACUAAUUGGCCCCAGCAGCACACUGCUGAUAAACUAACUCACAUGCACCGACACACUGGCAACAGAUACGAGCUGGGUACUGAUGCAGACUUGCAAGAACAAUCCUGAGGAUGAACAUAGAAGAAGCGCCGGAGAUUGAUGGCGCUCGCGUGUCUGCUGUUG